AUGAAAACUUUACUUCUUUCACUGCAAUUGCUGCUUGUCCUGGGAUUGGUUCAAGGGGUACUCAGGGUGCCCUUGAGGAGACACAAAUCCCUACGGAAAAUCCUGAGGGAAAGGGGCCAGCUUUCCCAAUUUUGGGAGACUCACAAGUUGGAUAUGGUCCAGUUCAUUGAUUCCUGCUCCCAAGACCAGAGUGCUAAUGAGCCCCUCAUCAACUACCUGGACAUGGAAUACUUUGGAGUCAUCUCCAUUGGUUCCCCACCACAGAAUUUCACUGUCAUCUUUGACACGGGUUCCUCCAAUCUCUGGGUCCCUUCUGUGUACUGUGUCAGCCCAGCUUGCAAGGAUCACAAUCGAUUCCACCCCUCUCAGUCCAGCACUUAUGUCGAGAAUGGGAACUCUUUCUCCAUCCAAUAUGGGACCGGGAGCUUGUCCGGAAUCCUUGGAACGGAUCAAGUUUCCGUACAAGGGAUUACAGUAGCCAACCAGCAGUUUGGAGAGAGUGUCAGCGAGCCAGGAAGCACUUUUGUGAAUGCAGAGUUUGAUGGGAUCCUGGGGCUGGCAUAUCCCUCUUUGGCUGUGGGAGGGGUCACUCCAGUGUUCGACAGUAUGAUGGCCCAAAACCUGGUGGAUAUGCCUAUGUUUUCCGUCUACAUGACCAGGAAUCCAGAUAGCACCACUGGAAGUGAACUGAUUUUUGGAGGUUAUGAUCACACUCAUUUUGCCGGAAGCCUGAACUGGGUCCCAGUCACCAAACAGGGCUACUGGCAGAUAACACUGGACAACAUUCAGGUGGGAGGCACUGUCAUGUUCUGUGCAGAGGGCUGCCAAGCCAUAGUGGACACAGGGACAUCCCUCAUCACAGGACCACCUGACAAGAUCAAGCAGUUGCAGAAUGCCAUUGGGGCAGUGCUUACAGAUGGAGAAUAUGCCAUGGAAUGUAACAACCUCAACGUGAUGCCAGACGUGACCUUCAUCAUCAAUGGAAUCCCCUACACCCUCCCUCCCCAAGCCUACACACUGACGGACUUUGUGGAUGGAAUGGCGUUCUGUACCAGUGGUUUCCAGGGCCUCGACAUCCAGCCCCCCGCUGGGCCGCUCUGGAUCCUCGGAGAUGUGUUCAUUGGCCAAUUUUACUCUGUCUUUGACCGUGGCAACAACCUUGUGGGAUUGGCCCCAGCUGUCCCCUAAAGCAAGGCCUCUUGUGCCCUGAGACACCUUAUAUAGAUCCCUUGGGCCUGUCACAUCCCAGCUCUCUUUUGAAUCCCAUCUGAUCCUCUCCACCUCCUCCAAAGAAAGUUCCGGCUAUUUAGUCUGGGACAGAACAAGGCUGAGCGUGGAAAAACUCUAA